AUGAACAAGACAUUUAUACGUCAACUCUCUCAGACCAGCAUACGAUCCAGACCGGGAUAUUCUACGGUAAACCCAGUCCAUCAUUUGGUCAAGGUUGAAAAAUCAAAAUUGAAGCCUGAGUUGCAAAACUUGUUGUUACCAGCAGACGAUAUCAGAUCCGUCAAGUUCAAACCUACGGAAAUAUGCCAGGAUAGGGUUGCCGACUAUUACAACAACACAUUACAGUCUGACUUGCUUCUACACUUUUAUGAUCACGAUGCCGAAGUUAUUGAAGGAAACAAGAGAAGAUCAUGGGGCACUGACUCGCCAUACAAAGUCUAUCGUUCAUCUAGAAACCCACGUGGUGGUACAAGGUCUACCAAGAACAAGUACCCUAUAAACAGCAAAAACGUACCUGAAAUCACCAGUGUGGUUGUGCAUUCCUAUAAUAAGUAUGCUUUGGAACAUCCGUGGUUAAACAUCUCAACCAGACUCCAAUUAUCUGUCAUUACCAAUGUCAAGGCUAAGCAGAUAUUCAACAAAUCGAAUAUUCUACCAUGGAAAGUGAGAGUAGGUAAGGCAUGUGGAGGCAAAGUUGAGCUUUUUGAUAGAGAUAUGAACCAAUUUAUAAGUACAUUGACCGAAUUGGUAUUACCUAGAAUCAGAGCUUUCAAGGGCAUAAGGUUCAGUUCGGGUGAUAAGAAUGGGAAUAUCAGUUUCGGUCUUACUGCAGAAGACGUUCAAUUGUUUCCCGAGUUGGAAAACUUUCAAGAAUUGUUUCCAAAUUUGAAUGGGAUUGAUAUCACAUUCAGAACAACGGCACAAACUGAUUCACAAGCAAAGACAUUAUUAAGCGCUUAUGGGUUCCCAUUCUCCAAGGAGUAA